AUGUACAGUUUCAUGGGCGGAGGGUUGUUCUGUGCAGGCGUGGGGAACAUACUGCUGAUUGUUUCCACAGCAACAGAUUACUGGAUGCAGUACAGACACUCAAACAACUACAUGCAUCAGGGCCUAUGGCGAUACUGCACACCAGGGAAAUGUUUCACACAAAUGGAUAGUGUUGCGUACUGGGAUGCCACUCGAGCGUUCAUGAUCUUGUCCCUCCUCGCCUGCUUCAUCGGCAUCAUCUUUGGCAUUAUGGCCUUUAUCCACUACUCAUCCUUCGACAGGUUCGAUAAAACCUUCGCUGCAGGCGUGUUGUUUUUCAUCUCAUGCUUUUUUGUAUUUCUGGCUAUGGCUGUGUACACUGGUGUGACAAUAAAUUACUAUGGAAAACGCUAUGGAAACUGGAGGUUCUCCUGGUCAUAUAUCAUUGGCUGGGUGGCAGUGGUGCUCACAUUCUUUUCAGGCAUAUUCUACAUGUGUGCUUAUCGGAUGCACGAGUGCCCAAGAAGCCCAAAUCCUCACUAG